ACUUGAAAGUUGAAACCCGCACCCAUCCAAACACGAAACUGUCCCCAAAUUUGUUGGUCUCAGGUCUCAACACAAACCAAACCCCGCACCACCACCCUCCUUCAUAUACUCAAAUCACUCAAUCAUCUGUAUAUCUCUACAACAAUAAAUAAAAAAUCAUAAUUUCUCCGGCAAUGUCUCCGAAGCCAUCAGAGAACGGAACCGAAGGCGACGAUGAAAGAGAAGAAGGCGAAGAAGAUACAGAAGAAGAAGAAGAAGAAAAACAAGAAGAUGAUUUAGAAGAAGAAGAAGACGAGCCGAGAUUGAAGUAUCAGCGAAUGGGAGGCACCGUGCCUUCUUUGUUAUCAAACGACGCCGCUUCCUGUGUCGCUGUCGCUGAACGGAUGAUCGCUCUCGGCACUCAUGGCGGUUCCGUCCAUAUCCUUGAUUUCCUCGGUAAUCAGGUCAGGGAAUUCCGGGCUCAUACUGCUGCGGUCAAUGAUCUUUGCUUUGACUUAGAUGGUGAAUUCAUUGGAAGCUGCUCAGAUGAUGGGUCUGUUGUGAUUAUCAGCCUUUUCACAGACGAGAAACUGAAAUUUGAGUAUCAUCGCCCUAUGAAGGCGAUUGCAAUCGACCCAGAUUAUUCAAGGAAAUCAUCUAGGAGAUUUGUUGCUGGUGGGUUGGCUGGAAAUUUAUAUUUUAAUGUAAAAAAAUGGUUAGGGUACCGUGAUCAGGUUUUGCAUUCCGGAGAAGGUCCUAUCCAUGCUGUGAAAUGGAGAACAAGUCUAAUUGCGUGGGCUAAUGAUGCUGGAGUAAAAGUUUAUGAUGCUGCUAAUGAUCAACGUGUUACUUUUAUUGAGAGACCCAGAGGAAGCCCACGACCUGAGCUUCUAAUGCCCCACUUAUGUUGGCAGGAUGAUGUUCUUCUUGUUAUUGGCUGGGGAACAGCUAUAAAAAUCGCGUCAAUCAAAACUAAUCAGGCCAGAGGUGUCAAUGGGUCAUAUAGGCAGAUUACGACCUCAAACAUGAACCAAGUUGAUAUCGUAGCAUCAUUUCAAACCAGCUAUUUCAUAUCAGGAGUUGCUCCCUUUGGUGACUCUUUGGUUGUUCUAGCUUACAUACCUGGGGAGGAAGAUGGAGAGAAGGAAUUUAGCAGCAGUGUUCCGUCACGACAGGGGAAUGCACAAAGACCUGAAGUGCAUGUAGUGACAUGGAACAAUGAUGAACUCGCAACAGAUGCGUUACCUGUACUUGGAUUCGAGCAUUACAAGGCAAAAGAUUAUUCUCUUGCUCAUGUGCCUUUUUCAGGUAGCAGCUAUGCAGGUGGUCAAUGGGCGGCUGGUGAUGAACCAUUAUACUAUGUUGUAUCUCCAAAAGAUGUAGUUAUUGCCAAGCCUAGGGAUGCGGAAGAUCAUAUAAAUUGGCUUCUUCAACAUGGAUGGCAUGAGAAAGCUUUAGCAGCAGUUGAAGCUGGGCAGGGGCGUAGUGAGCUCCUUGAUGAGGUGGGAUCAAGGUAUCUGGAUCAUUUGAUUGUAGAAAGGAAGUAUGCUGAAGCAGCUUCUUUAUGUCCCAAAGUGUUGCGAGGUUCUGCAUCAGCAUGGGAGAGAUGGGUUUUCCACUUUGCUCAUCUCCGUCAGCUCCCUGUGUUGGUUCCAUACAUCCCAACAGAGAACCCAGUACUACGCGAUACCGCUUAUGAGGUUGCCCUUGUAGCUCUUGCAACAAUUCCAUCUUCCCACAAGGAUCUCCUAUCUGCUGUCAAAUCUUGGCCACCUGUAAUAUACUCUGCGGUCCCUGUCAUAGCAGCUAUAGAGCCUCAACUUAACACGUCAUCGAUGACUGAUGAACUCAAAGAGGCACUGGCAGUGUUGUAUGAAAUUGAUGGUCAAUAUGAGAAAGCUUUUGCACUUUAUGCUGAUCUUAUGAAACCAGAUAUCUUUGAAUUUAUCGAGAAGCAUAACUUGCAUGAUGCCAUUCGUGAGAAGGUUGUUCAGUUAAUGCUCAUUGAUCAUAAGCGUGCAGUUUCACUGUUAAUCCAGUACAGGGACUUGAUUACUCCUGCUGAAGUUGUUACUCAAGUUCUGGGUUCAAGAAAGCAAUGCGACUCUAGAUACUUUCUGUAUGAGUAUCUGCAUGCUCUACUUGAAGUCAAUCCUCAUGCUGGCAGAGAUUUUCAUGACAUGCAGGUUGAGCUUUACGCAGAGUAUGAUCGAAAAAUGUUGCUUCCUUUUCUGCGGAGUAGUCAGCAUUACAGGCUUGAAAAGGCCUAUGAAGUUUGUCUUAAGAAAGAUUUGCUAAGUGAGCAAGUUUUCAUUCUUGGAAGAAUGGGGAACACAAAGCAAGCCCUUGCUGUUAUUAUAGACAAACAGGGGGAUAUAAAAGAGGCUGUAGAAUUUGUCAGUAUGCAGCAUGAUGACGACCUGUGGGAAGAACUUAUAAGACAGUGUCUAAAUAAACCUGAAAUGGUUGGUGUCUUGUUGGAACAUACUGUAGGCAACCUUGAUCCUCUCUAUAUUGUCAAUAUCGUACCCAAUGGCUUGGAAAUUCCUCGGCUAAGGGAUCGUUUAGUCAAGAUUAUUACAGAUUACAGGACUGAAACUUCUCUGAGACAUGGUUGCAAUGAUAUACUCAAGGCGGAUAUUGUUAACCUUUUAGUGAAAUAUUACAAAGAAGCAAGACGUGCAAUAUAUCUAAGCAAUGAAGAAAAGGGAACACGUUCUAACAUGGACAAUGGUGGUAGUAAUCCAAUGGACCGAGCCCCGGUCCUAAAAUCAAUGGAGGCAAAGUCAAAAACCAGUGCAGGCGGAAGGUGUUGCAUAUGUUUCGACCCAUUGUCCAUUCAGAAUGCAUCAGUCAUUGUUUUCUUUUGCUGUCAUGCCUACCACUUGCAUUGUCUCAUGGAUUCUACCAAUUCUAUAACUACUAAAAAAGGGGCAGGAAUCACAUCUUCCAACUCAUAUUCCAAUGGUGAUUACAUUGAGGAUGAAGAUGAUGAAAAUCCCGAAGACACCCCUACGGUUGCCUCUCGGAUGAGAUGUGUCAUGUGUACCACGGCUGCUGGUUAAUAUGUGCAUGUGUUAUUCUUUUUGUUUUUUUCUUCUUAUGAUUGCAGUCCUAUGUAGUAUCUGUAUAUUAUGUAUUUGGUGUUUAAUUUAAUGGUGGCCAAGCGUAAGUGAUUGGUGAGAAUGAGGUUUUUUGUAGCUUAACUUGAGAGAUUGACUUGUGAGAAGUUACUGAUGUGUGUAUGAAAGUAAUUUUACGCUGCUACACUGAUACUCUUGAAUUACAAGAGGAGAAAGUAUUAUACAAGUAAAAAUUCAUGUGUUCGUUGUAA